AUGUCCGCCAACGCAACCAUCAACACCGAGACAGGCUCCCACUCCGUGGACCCCUACAAGACCCAGAACUUCGAAGACCCCCCUCUCAUCCAGAAGAUCGAGGAACUCGUGGAAUUCAUCACCCAAGUGAAAUUUGGCAUGUUAACGACCAAGCAAUCUGACGGAGAAUUCCUCACCUCUCGAUGCAUGGCACUUGCUGGAAAGGAAAACGGCGGAAUCGACCUCAUCUUCCACACAAACAUCUUCUCCGGAAAAACCCUAGAUCUAACCGCCCACCCGCAAGAAACAAACAUGUCCUUCCUUGACCCGGUGAGCGGUGCCUGGGCCUCCAUCGCCGGAAGCGCCUAUGUUAUUUCGGACCCAGCUGUCGUGGAGAAGUACUACUCGCCGACAUUAAAACUCUGGCUGGGAGAUAUGGGUGAUGGCGUGCACGAUGGUUCACCGACGGACCCACGCAUUGGCGUGAUUAAGCUCGAGGCUAAGCUUGCUACGCAUGUUGUUUCCCAGAAGGGGAUACUAGGCCGUGCAGUUGAUACCGUUAAGAGUGCUGUGCAGGGUAAUGUUCCUGCUAUUAAUUCGAUCCGGGAGCUGAGCUUGGAAGAAUUGGCUGAAUGGCGCCGCACUCAUCGGGAGUAA